UCUCUCUCUCUACCCAAGGAGUUAAGAGCAUCUCUCUCUCUACCCCAAGGGUUUGAGCCUCUCCUCUCUCUCACUAGAAAAAUAUAGGUGCCUUGUUCUGGAUACUCUCUCUCUCUCUCUAGAAUAAUAUAGGUGACUUGUUCUGGCUACUCUCUUUCUCUCUCUACAAUAAUACUGAUGUUUGCUUUUGGCAUGGCCAGAACAACAGAUGGUCUCUUUCUAAAUCUACACCAUUGAGGGCAGAGCAUCUCUCUCUCUCUCUCUCUCUGUAUAUAGGGUGCCUUUUUUCUCUGUUUUUCUCUAACAACCUUCUCUUCUCUCUCUAGUCAUAUUCAAGACAGGAAAGUAGAGAGAGAAAGAAGGAAAACAAAGAUAUAAAAGAAGUUGGGGUCUUUUAGAUCUCCCUCUCUCUCUCUCUAAAAGCACCGAGAACGGAAGAAAGAGAGAGAAGCAAAGGCAAUGGCGGAGAAGGAGUUCUCUACCGAUCACGACCAUUCAGAAAGCAUGCAAAGCUCUGAUCUUUUGGACUCCGUUAAUGAGAAAACCCUAAAAGAAGAAGGAGGUGUUGCAUUUGGAGAUCAGAAGAAGAAUAGGAAGAAGAAGAAGAAGAGUGUUUUGUUGGAAGGAUAUGUGGAUGAGGAGAGAGAAGGUGAGAAUGGGGUUGUUAAUGGGGAGAGAGAGAAGGGUGAGAAGAGCUUUAUGAGGACCAAGAGUUUAACAGAUGGGGAUUUGGAUGAGUUGAAAGGGUGCGUCGAUUUAGGGUUUGGAGGGUUUAAUUAUGAGGAGAUACCAGAGCUCUGCAACACUUUGCCUGCACUCGAGCUCUGUUACUCCAUAAGCCAGAGGUUCAUGGAGGAUCAGAACAAGUCUCCUGAUGCUUCCUCCAUUGCUAAUUGGAAGAUUUCAAGCCCAGGUGACCAUCCAGAGGAAGUGAAAGCGAGGCUCAAGUUUUGGGCACAGGCAGUGGCAUGCACUGUUAGGCUAUGCAACUAGCUGCUGAAGAGGGGGCAAAAAUCCUCUUUAUUAUGGUGAAGGAGAACUUCAUGUUAAUCAAUGGAAGAAGCUUAAUUUUGAUGGAAAUUUGGGGCUAUUCCUAUUCUAGAUAAUGAGAUUUCAGCUACUGACUACCAAAAUCAUGAGUUUUCGCCGGAUUCGGCCUUGCCACGGAAUGACAACUCGCCGGGAAAUGAUGUCGGAAAUAACUGAAGGUUCAUGAGAUUAACAAAAUAUAAAAAAUUAAGGAAUUUGACCCAAAAUGCCUUAAAAUAUGGAUUAUGUAUGAUAAAUAAGAAAACUAUUCUAUAUUUCUCUACUUUGGAUCCUUUGUUAAGGUUCCCAUUCUAUAAUUAAAUAAUUUUGGGGCUUCAUCAGAACUUUUUUUUAUGCUAAAUAGAUGGCAAAAUAUAUUCUUUAAGGUCUUGAUUAA